AUAUAUUCAUGAAAAUGACAAAGGUUUAUAAAGCCAACAUCUGAACCUGGACGUGAGAUCGCCAGGCCUUCUCCGGUGAAGGUGUUUCCAGUUCUGCUCACCGCCAUGGACAGCAAGAGGCAAGCUGGGUCACUCUUACUGCUGCUACUUAUGUCAAACCUCCUCCUGUGCAAGAACGUGGCUUCCGAGCCCAUCUGUCCCAACAGGUCUGGCUGCCAGGUGUCCCUCCGAGAGCUAUUUGAUCGGGCCAUCAUCCUGUCUCAUUACAUCCAUAGCCUCUCUUCCGAAAUUUUCCAGGAAUUUGAUGCGCAGUAUUCCCAGGGCCCAGGGUUCUUUACCCAGGCCAUCAGCAUGUGCCACACUGCAUCCAUCUCCACUCCAGCUGGCAAGGAGCAGGCCCAGCAAAUCCAACAAAAAGACUUUGUCAUUCUGGUUAUCCAUUUGCUGGGCUCCUGGACUAAACCUCUGAGCCACCUCAUCACAGAAGCACGUCGCCUGCCAAAAGCCCCUGAUGCUCUCAUAGCAAAAGCCACGGAGAUUCAGGAACAAAACCAACGACUUCUAGAAGGCCUGAAGAAGAUAGGCAAGCUGGUUGAUCCUGAAAUUAUAGACAAUGGGAACUAUGCUGUCUGGCUGGGACUUCCAUCCCUGCAAUCAAAUGAUUUACAAUCGCUCCUGUUUGCUUAUCAUAACUUGUUCCGCUGCCUGCGCAGGGAUACACAUAAGGUUGACAAUUAUCUCAAGUUCCUGAAAUGCCAAAUCGCCUAUGAUGGCAGCUGCUAAGUUUAAAUCCAUCACAUCUAUUUCUGAGAUGGUUCUUAAGAAUCCAGCCCUUGGAAAGCUUCUUUUAGUUUAAUGGCUUUUAGUGCAUGUUUGGGUAUAAGGGUGUAAGGUGGCUCUUCUUAAAAAAUAAAAUAAAAACUCACUCUAUAGCACUGUCAAAAUCCUAAAA